GGAAAUUCUGCAUUCAUAGGUCAAUCUGUUUAUUAUAGACGUCUUCUUCUUCUUUUAUUUGUUUCGAAAUGUUUUCCAGGUUUAAUUCCUUUCCAACUCACAUGGACUAUAAAGGUCAGAAACUUGCCGAACAGAUUUUCCAAGGAGUCAUCCUGGUCUCAGCUGUCAUUGGGUUCAUUUACGGUCUGAUCAUUGAGCAGUUUGGAUGGACCGUGUACAUAAUGUUAGCCGGAUUUACCAUCUCCUGUUUGCUCACACUGCCUCCGUGGCCCAUGUACAGACGAAACCCUCUCACGUGGCAGCCUAUCGUACCGGAGAUGCCAGAGACCCGUGAAAAGCCUCAGGAGAACUUGAAGAAGAAAAAACACAAGUAGAACCGUGCUCUGCUAUAUCGGAUGCCGGGCGACACGCCUGUGCAGUGGACUCGAUGGACGUCGCUUCAUUGUUUUCAUGUACAAUUCCACAUGUGCUUAAUAAAGAGGAUUAUUUGUAUUA